UAAACCCCUUGUGAAAUGUGACUUUGAAAAGCAACUCUCAACAAACAAAACUUAAUUUCAUUGCCCCCACUCCUUUUGGCAUUUAGCUUCUUCAUGCCAGAAAAAAUAUUCAAGAAUGUGGCUUUUAUCAGCUUUAACUAUUCUACAAAUAUCUCUGCCUUAUAAUGCUCAUAAUGCGCAUGCUAAUUACCUUAAUUAAGAGAUAAUCUAGAUUGUAUAAUCAGAAUGAUAUCACACAUUGAUUACACAUUUCUUCCUCAAUAAUUUGAGUAUAUCUACUUCUGAUGCUAUGCAGUCCAAAAAUGCCAACCAUGAUAGAGAAUCAAAGACCCCAUGUUGCAGGCACUGAAGCUAAUGCUGAGGUCGCACGCUAUGUUCUGUCUACUCUAUCUUCCUAUGAUAUCCGAUCACAUAUUAGAUCAUAUGGAGUAUCAUUGACUUAUCCUGUCUCGAGGUCACUAGCACUGACUCAUCCACCUUCGGGCACAACUACUAAAUUUGAACUUCAACAAGAGACAUACGAGGGUGACCCCUACAUAGACGUGGCAGAUGAAGUCCUACCUACGUUCUAUGCAUAUGCUAGAUCAGGUACUGUGGUCGGACCAGUUGUCUAUGUUAAUUAUGGACGUGUGGAAGAUUUUAUGAUUUUGAAAACAAGAGGGGUGAAUGUGUCGGGCACUGUUGUAUUGGCUAGGAUGGGACAAAUAUAUAGAGGGGACAUUGUGGCAAAUGCAUACCAAGCUGGUGCUAUAGGUGCUGUGUUAUUCACGGAUAAAAAGGACUAUGGGGGUGGAGGUGAUGGAAAAGGGUUUCCUCAUGAUAAGUGGAUGCCACCAAGUGGAGUCCAGGUAGGAACACUGUAUAAGGGAUGUGGAGAUCCAACCACACCAGGGUGGCCGAGCACGGGAGGGUGUGAGAGAAUCUCUGAUGAUGAGGUGGACAAGGGAGGAGACAUUCCAUUGAUACCUUCACUGCCUGUAUCAGCAGCAGACGGUGAGGCAAUUAUAAAGUCCAUUGGUGGAGAAAUGGCAGACAAUGACUGGCAGGGAUGCAAAGAUGGUCCAGUUUACAACAUUGGACCAGGGCCGGGCAUCUUAAAUCUCAGUUACACUGGAAAACAAGGCAUUAAUACAAUAGAAAAUGUUAUAGGUAUAAUUGAAGGGGAGGAAGAACCUGAUCGGUUUGUAAUACUGGGUAAUCAUAGAGAUGCAUGGACUUUUGGAGCUGCUGAUCCCAACAGUGGCACAGCAGCUUUGCUUGAGGUUGCCGAUAGGCUAAGCAAGUUGCAGAAAAAGGGGUGGAAACCAAGACGGACAAUCAUCUUUUGUAAUUGGGAUGCAGAGGAGUAUGGCCUGAUAGGUUCAACAGAAUGGGUUGAAGAGAACAGGGAAAUGCUAACCUCAAGGGUUGUAGCCUACCUGAAUGUUGAUGUUGCAGUUAGUGGAGCAGGAUUUCAAGCUGCAGCAACUCCACAGCUGGAUCAAUUAUUGAUGCAAGCUACUAAACAGGUUCGAGAUCCAGAAAACUCAUCACAAUCUAUCUUUGACUCGUGGGUUGGCACUAGUGAUCAUCCAAAGAUCGGAAGGUUAGGAGGUGCAGGUUCAGACUAUGCACCGUUUUUACAGCAUGUAGGUAUUCCAGCAGCUGAUAUGUCUUUUGGUGAAGGUUACCCAGUCUACCACUCAAUGUAUGAUGACUUCAUUUGGAUGAGAGAUUUUGGUGACCCGAUGUUUCGCAGACAUGUAGCAGUGGCAAGCAUUUGGGGCUUAGUAGCUCUUUCACUUGCAGAUGAGGAAUUUUUACCUUUUAAUUAUUUGUCCUAUGCAUUUGAGCUCCAGAAAAAUGCAGACGAACUUACAAAUGAGCUUAUUGAUAAGAACAUAGACGUCACUCCCUUGUUCAAGUCUAUUGAAGAUUUAAAAAUUGCAGCCACCAAAAUAGAUAAUGAAAUAAAGGCACUUGAAAGAUCCAAAGGAUGGGCAUCAAUGUGGGGAACUAAACCAAGGCAAGUCAGAGAGUUAAAUGACAGACUGAUGAUGGCAGAACGAGCAUUUAUGGACAGAGACGGACUGCUUGGACGACAAUGGUAUAAACACUUGAUUUAUGCGCCUUCAGAGCAUGAUGAUUAUGGAUCAGUAUCCUUCCCUGGCAUCACUGAUGCCAUAGAAAAAGCCAAGCAAGAGAACACAAUAGAAUCUUGGAGUUCUGUCCAACAUGAAGUCUGGAGAGUCUCUAGAGCUGUUAUACAUGUAUCAUUAGUCCUAAAUGGUGUGCUUACAUGAGUGCAUAAAAUAUAUGCAAAAUAAACAAUCCGGGACUCAUUAUUUCAAGGUGAAAGCUUUUAUAAAUACUU